AGAAACUCUUUACACAUCGACAUACGUUUGCCAAGUCUCUCUACUCUUUACGCAAACCUCACCACCGUCAAAGCAUGCAUCGGCAAUUAGCGCCCGAGAUAGGACAAGUUGGGUUCAGCCUGCACCGGGAUGAAGAGGAGGAUCUGGUUGAUUAUGGUGACUCUGACGCUGAGGCCGACACAAGCAACAACCAGGAGACCUCGGCAGCUGAGGAGAUCGAACAGAUUGACAUAUUCGCCGACGAUGCGAUACACGCAGAGGUAUCUGACCAGAACGGCGACACAAAGGCCAAUGACAAGGAGUCAACAGAAGAGCCAGCCGUUCCGACCACAAGCACGUCUCCAUUAGCUACAGCAAAGACGGUGGAAGCCGCAAUCGUGAUCAAAAGCCUAAACCUCCUACUCACCGGUCCUAAUUUUCGAGCAGCUCUUGGCCUGGUCGAAGCUGGCAGCACUCUAGAUCUCGGCUUUUGGGCAGACGGCUUCGACUUCGCUCUCUCUCUCAAGCUCAUUGGUGCUGCUGAAGUCAAGGCUUGCAAGUACAAAGCCGAAUGUCGUAGUAAGGAGUGUACAUUUGACCACGGCGGUGCUGAUCGCACUGCUGUCAUCGCCGGCAAGAAGCCUCGAAAGCUGUGCAGUGUUAUCAACACUCCAGCGGGCUGCCCAAAUGGCGAUGCCUGCUGGUUUUCACACGAGGCCUUUGGUGUAUCAUGCCCUGACGGAGAUCUGCGGGCGGGUUGUGUGAAGGGGAUCUACUGCGUCUACAAGCACAACGAUGAUGAGGUGGUUGCUUCAAUUGAGCAUGGCGAACAGCCAGAGGGGCAAAUCGAGAAUGGCGAAGAGACCAACGCACCCAAAGCCUCCGUCCAAAACGCACAUGUUGUCAAGUCUGCGGUCAAAACGAACAUGGAGAGUGCGCCUCCCGCACCCGCCACAAGGACGACGGCAUCCUCAAAGCAGCAGGCAAGUGGCAUCAAGCGCCGCCGCGAGCCCGAUCAUGAGGCAGGAGGGCGACCAGAGAAGUUUCAACGCUCAUACAAGCACCAAAACCGUCAGGAGCGCCCAGGUGGACGUAAUAGUCGCAGAGGCUCUGCUCCUGAGCGAGCUGACUCGAAAAAUCCAAGUCAAGGCCCCCGAGACAGCGGCCAGCUUGUUCGUGAGAAUAGAGAUUGCGGUCGUGGUAGGAAAGGGGGACGAGGCGGACGAGGCGGACGAGGUGGGAAGAGUGAUUCCUAUUGCUUAUCUGAGGGAAGGCAGCGUGAUGGCCGAUAUCAGAAGAAGGUGCCUCUGGAGAAGCGCAUGUCACGCAGCUGAACAAUGUUACUCCUCCUGUAUAUGAAGCCACUCUGUUGUUACACCAUAUUCACUGUCCAAAU